UCACUCAGUCUGACUUGACAUGGUGGAGCUAUUGCCGCACCGGCUUUUUCCUUGUCCUUAACACGAGCUGAUUCUUAUAAUUCAACUACUACAUGUUUGUUGUUGCUGCUUCUUGCGCUACGAAGAUCCGCAGAGGACUCGGUAGAACAUUCGCUUGAGGCCUGACACCGGGAGAGAAGCAGGGAUGCGUUCACUGGACUCCCUUCACUGACGGUCGUGGGACUCCAGCACAGGCCUGUUCUGUGAUCAUCGAAGCUAGUUCCUCUUAAUAACAAUGGUCCGGUGAGAUCAAGUGUCAGAUGAGACAGGGCUAUUUGGCGUAUUCGGACAAUGAAGAUCUGGAGCACGGAACAUGUUUUCAGCUACCCAUGGGAGACUGUGAUCAAGGCUGCCAUGAGGAAGUACCCCAACCCCAUGAACCCUAGCGUGGUUGGGGUGGACGUGCUGGAGCGCAGCCUGGACGCCGAGGGACGCCUGCACAGCCACAGGCUUCUGAGCACGGAGUGGGGUCUGCCAGCCAUCGUACGGGCGAUACUGGGCACCAGCCAGACGCAGACGUAUGUGAAGGAACAUUCCAUCGUCGAUCCAGAGGAGAAGAAGAUGGAGCUGUGCUCGACAAACAUUACCCUCACCAACCUUAUAUCAGUGGAUGAGAGGCUUGUUUACAGACCUCACCCCGAAAACCCAGAGGUGACCGUCCUGACCCAGGAGGCCAUCAUUACGGUGAAGGGCGUGAGCCUCAGCAGUUACCUGGAGGGAAUGAUGGCCAGGAGAAUGUCAGCGAACGCCCGGAAGGGCUGGGAUGCUAUUGAGUGGAUUAUUCAGAACUCUGAGAGAGAGCGAACCUCUCUGUGACAUAUACUAACUCUGGUCUGCAGGUGUACGGUGAGAAAUGGAGUCCACAGCAUCUCGGGCUCCUGUGCCUAUACAUAAACCAUGGAGGACGUUUUGUGGUGUUUAAUCUCUGGAGUAUAUGCACUGGAAGAGCAGAAAGAAAGUAACAUGCUGCCAAAGUGGUUGUCUGGGAUCUUGACUGUCGUACUGGACUAAACUGGUCAUUCUGUUC